AUGGCCGAGAAGCAGUGGUACAUCCCCGAGGAUGCCAUCACCGACCGGUCGGCCAACCCCUUGGCAGUCGGUGGCUUUGGCGAGGUUUUCACUGCCUCAUACUAUGGCGCCCCUGUCGCCGUCAAGCAGCUCUAUCGAGGCUACAACCAGAAUGAACUCGCCGACUUUGGUCGUGAGAUUGGCAUCUGGCACAGACUCAGUCACCCUCAUGUCCUUCCACUCCUCGGUGCUUGCGAUACCGCAACCAAGCCCUUCAUGGUCUCGCCGUUCAUGCCCAACGGCACUCUCCAUCGCCACAUCUCGACAGCAACCCCUCCACGCCCCCUUGGCGAGAAGAUCCGGCUCCUCUACGAAAUCGCCUCUGGCAUGGCAUAUCUCCACGGCAACAUUGUCCACGGCGACCUCAAGUCUCUCAAUGUGCUGCUCGAUCGAUCUUUCAGUGCCGUUGUGAAUGACUUUGGCUUGUCCAAGACGAAACACACAUCGGCCACCGCCAACCGAACCCGCCGCGACCAGCCGACGGGCGGCACUCUCGAGUAUAUGGCACCGGAAAUGCUCGAUGACGAUAAUCCAGUUGGAUCGUCAAAGGCCACCGAUGUCUAUGCCUUUGGCAUCACCAUAUACGAGGUCCUCAACGACUGCAGGCCCAUCUGGGUCACCGCCGAUGGCCAGCCGAUGAGGGAGAGGGUUAUUGAGUCUCAAGUUCUUCGAAAUCACCGGCCCAAGCAGCUCGAAGGAAUCCCUGACGAUAUUCGUGCCCUCAUCGAGCGCUGCUGGCACCAGGACCCCGCCGAGCGACCCAAGUUUUCCGAGACCCUUGCCAUUCUCCAUCAUCGACUCUGUCCCAUCCGUUAA